CUGAACAUUUUUCCAAGGACCACUGGCGGCGACAUCGUCGCUGUACUGCUGAAUUCCAUUUCCAACAGAACAGACGGAAAGCACGAAAUCAAACUUGGAAAUCCUGAUCCUCGUGUUUCUGCCUUCGGAUGGAUUCUUAAUGAGCUGCACAACUCGUUCUUCGACCUUGUGCCAGAAGAGGUUAAGAAAGUUAUACAUAUGUAUGUGCCAACUAAUGAUUUUGGACAUGGGAGAAGAAAAUUCUCGCUCUGGUUUAGGGAAAUCCUAAGCGUAAGUACACCACAUCAACGUCAAGGAAUUGCUAGCAAGAUGAUGAACUUCAGCUAUCCACGAGAAAAACUUGAGGAGGCGGAGACGGCGCGGAGAUGGUACGAUGGAAUGGGAUCAUCUUUGGUAACGCGGCCUGCAGAGUGA